CCCCAGGACAUGCACAGGGUCAUCAGCGGGUUGGAGGAGGGCUUCUCGCACGAGCAGAAGUUGCUCGAGGAGAGGCUCAAGACGGCCCAGGAGGAGGGCACGCGCCUGAAGCACGAGCUGCGGGCGCAGCACCGCGAGAUCGACGCCUGGUUUCCGAGCUUCGGGGCCUACAAGGACUCGCUCCUGCGGCACCAGCUCUCGUUCCUGGGGCGCCACUCGGAAGCGAGGAAGCGCUCGGUCGACGAGAUUUCCCCGGACGUGGCCAUAGCAGAGGACUUCAAGCGGCUCCUCUCGACCAUCGGCCCGGAGAAGCGCAUCGAGAUGGGGCAGGAGCUCGCGUCCGUGAUCGAGGUGGUGGCGCAGAGCCCCGGGGCCAAGGAGCGGGCGGUGGAGCCCAAGGGCGGCGCCAAGUCCAGCCAGGCCAGGGCCAAGGAGAGUCGGGCGCUGCAUGCGCUGCAGGAGGAGAUCCGAGGGCAGGAGGAGCGCAUCCGGCAGCUGCGCAAGGAGAUUCUGGCGGAGGAGGCCGCUGGGGACUCGUCCAGCGCAGCGCGCGAAGCGGCCGCUGGAACCGGCGGCGCGGCCAGGGUCAGGGGCGGCGGCGCAGAGGACCGCCGCGGCCGCGGCGCGGCCGCGGACUCGGGCAGCGAGUCGAGCCCCUCCCCGCGGUCCGACGCCCCCGCCGGCGCGGCGAGGGCGUCCGCACUGCUGGCGAAGGGCCUCGGGGCGGCCGAGGCGAUGGCGGCGGCGGAGGGCCUGCAGCGCCUGGCCCUCGGCGCGGCGGGCAGCGACUCCGACGCUGGCGCCGACGGCGCGGCGGACAGUGAGGUCGACGCCUGAGGUCGGAGGCCCCGAGGUCGGCACCAGCACCAACAUCUUGGCGGGGAGUCCGGGGGGAAGCUCCUGUGUUGGUGUUGGCCCCCGCUUCCAAGCCUCCGAGAGGGGCGCCGCGCGCGGAGCGCUUCUGGCGCGCACCGGCGGCGCCGGCUGCUGUGGUCUGCCGUUGACGCUGCUCCCUCGGCUAUCCUCUUCAUCAACGCACUCCCCCUCUUCGUCCUUCUCGUCCUCCUGUCGGUCGAUCUUAGGGCGCGGGGAGACGCCGUGGCGCCCCUCGGGCCCCCUUUGCCUCCUCGCCAGUCGUGUUUCUUACUGCCCCUGCUGCGCCACGUGCAAA